AAAAAGAAUCCUAGAUUUUCACUCUCCUUCCAUUUAUACCCGUCUGAUUGCAUCAGACUUCACUCUCUCUUCAUCUCCGCCUCCUGAUCCAUUUCAAAACACUGACCUCAACUCGCAGGCCCAGAAAAAUAAACUGAAGGACACUCUGCUUUGGCCCUUCACUGCGCAUGCAAGCUGAUGAAGAAUCAGUGAUGUGAAGAAUAUAAUAGCUUUCACUUGAAGGGUCAGAAGCACCAGAUAAGUCAAAUUUAGGACUUGAUUCAAUGUGUUAACUUUGCUUCUAAGAGCUUCACGGCCACAGUUGAUCAAAGUUUUUAUUAUUUCUAAGUUUUUGUUCAGGUUUUGAUCAAUCAUCCAUGUCAUCAUCACUUGCUGUUAGAGAUAUUGAUCCUUUGUUGAAGGAUUUGAAUGAAAAGAAGCAAAAUUUUAGAAAAAAUGUUGUGUCUUUAGCAGCAGAGUUGAAGGAAGUUAGGAGCCGUUUGGCAUAUCAAGAACAGUCUUUUGUUAAAGAGAGCAUAACAAGACAGGAAGCUGAAACAAAGGCUAAGAUCAUGGAAGAAGAGAUUUGUAGAUUGCAGAAAACAUUGGAGGAGAAAAAUGGACAGAUUGAGGCUUCAGCUUCUAAUACUGAGAAGUACCUGAAGCAAUUGGAUGAUCUUCAAGGGCAGCUUGCAAGCACACAAGCAACUGCAGAUGCAAGUGCUGCAUCAGCUCAGGCAGCUCAGCUUCAAUGUUCAGCAUUGGUUAAAGAAUUAGAUGAGAAGAAAAAUUCCUUAAAGGAACAUGAGGAUCGAGUAACUAGGCUAGGAGAACAAUUAGAUAAAUUGCAAAAGGAUCUUCACGUGAGGGAAUCUUCACAAAAGCAACUGAAAGAAGAGGUUUUGAGAAUUGAGCAUGAUAUUAUGCAAGCUGUUGCCAAGGCCGGUGCAAACAAGGAUUGUGAAUUAAGGAAGUUGUUAGACGAGGUUUCUCCAAAGAAUGUUGAAAAGAUCAAUAAACUUCUUAUUGUUAAGGAUGAAGAAAUAGCCAAACUGAGAGAUGAAAUAAGGAUUAUGUCUGCCCAUUGGAAGCUCAAAACUAAAGAAUUGGAAUCACAGUUGGAGAAGCAGCGGCGAGCUGAUCAGGAACUGAAAAAGAGGGUGUUGAAGUUGGAGUUUUGCCUCCAGGAAGCUCGUGCUCAGACACGAAAGCUUCAAAGGGCAGGAGAGCGAAGGGAUAAAGCAUUGAAAGAACUAAGAGAACAGUUAGCAGCAAAGCAACAAGGUGCACCAGUGGAUUUGGAGAAACAGAAUUUCUGGGAAACCUCAGGUUUUAAGAUGGUAGUAUCCAUGUCAAUGUUGAUCUUGGUUGUCUUCUCAAAGCGAUGAAACAUUAAGUAACAUAGUUAUCCUUGUGUAUAAGGCAUGAUGAAGCACCUGAAGUCCACUUUGUGAAAGAGUGUAGGAAAAAAGCUGUAGAGCCAUUUUGGUUGUAGAGGAUCUGUUUCUUGCAUAGUGUCAGUGAAGAACAUUCUUUUUCUUUUUUUCUCACAACUGGAAAUAUUUGCAUCACUUAGUCUUGUAAGUUGAACAUCUUUACAACCACAGUAAAGGGCUGAACGAAUGUAAUGGCAGAAUUUAGUAGAAAGUUAAGGAUGAAAUAGACGUGUAUCAUGUCCUUUAUA